AUGGCUUCCAAUACUGUUCAAGCACCGCUGCCAGAGAUUGUCGUAUUCGGUGCCUCCAUGGCGGAAUGGAGUUUUGAUAGAAACACACAGGGCUAUGGGUGGUUACUUGAGAACAUAUAUGCGGGGAAGGCGAGGGUCGCGAACGAAGGUCAAGCUGGGUACACAUAUCCCUGA